GGUUCGAGACGGUUCUUCAGCUGCGGCGCCGCGACGGCAUCGCAAUUAUUUAUCGCGCUCCGCUACGAUAAUCCCUCGCUUCUGAGAACGUCAGGCGGCUUUAUUUAUAGCCGCGGUGCCGGCAGCCGGGUAGGCUCUCCACCGCGAGAGAAACGCGCGCGUAACUCCGUAACGCCAAGUCGGCCGGACGGCGGCGGGGCGGCGGGGCCGCGGCGCGCCUUCCAGCGGGGCCCCGCCUCGCAUAUAUACGGGAGCCGGUCGCGGCCGCUGGACAACAAUCUGUCGCCGGAGCUCGGGCCGACCGCAGCUCGCCCAGCCACAGUCGGACAGCGCGCAAGGAUGGACCAGUCGUCGCUGACGGUGCAGCAGAUCCUCGAGGACCACGUGCCCGAGCCGCAGCUGCAGACGGUCAAGCGCAUCGUCUACGGCCGGGAGCUGCAGGCGCUCGAGCUGCCGGCCCUGGAGGCGCCCGCGGCGUGCGAGCUCAAGGGCUACCGGAUGGGCGGCGCCGUGGAGGAGCAGCAGCGCGCGCCGCGGCUCGUGCGCGUGGCCGUCAUCCAGCACAGCCUGGCCGUGGCGACGAGCGAGCCGGUGCGGGCGCAGCGCGACGAGAUCCACCGCAAGGUCGUCGGCUACAUCGAGCACGCGGCGGCCAAGUGCGGCGCCAACGUGGUCUGCAUGCAGGAGCUCUGGACGAUGCCCAUGUCGUUCUGCACGCGCGAGAAGUACCCGUGGAACGAGUUCGCGGAGGACGCGCUCACCGGCCCGACGACCACGCUGCUCGUCAAGCUCGCGCAGAAGUACAACAUCGUCAUCGUGUCGGCGAUCCUCGAGCGCGACUCCGCCAACAGCGACGUCGUCUGGAACACCACCGUGGUGAUCAACUCGGACGGGCGCGUGCUCGGCAAGCAGCGCAAGAACCACAUACCCCGCAACGGCGACUUCAACGAGUCCACCUACUACAUGGAGGGCAACCUCGGCCAUCCGGUCUUCGACACGACCUUCGGCAAAAUCGGCGUGGUCACCUGCUACGGGCGCCACCACCCGCUCAACUGGCUCGUGUACGGCCUGAACGGGGCCGAGAUCGUCUUCAACCCGUCGGCCAUCAUCGCCGACAAGUUCGAGACGCUGUGGGAGAUCGAGGCUCGCUGCGCGGCCAUCUCCAACAGCUACUACACGUGCGCCAUCAACCGAGUGGGCACCGAGGUCUACCCGCGCGAGUUCACCUCCGGCGACGGCAAGCCGGCCCAUAAGGAGCUCGGCCAGUUCUUCGGCUCCAGCUACAUCACCGCCCCCGACGGCACCCGCACCCCCUGCCUCGGCCGUACUACCGACGGCAUCCUCGUUGCCGAGAUCGACCUCAACCUCUGCAGGCAGAUGCGCGACCUCUGGAACUUCCCGAUGACGCGCAGGCUGGAUCUGUACGCGCCCAGACUGGCCGAAGCUGCCAGUCCGGAUUUCCAGCCUCAGAUCGUCGGAAAGUAGUCGGAUCGCCGGUCAGCCUGCUGCGCUUCCUGCUCUGCUCGUCUAACAUUGCAGCUGCACGUCCAGGUGCGAUCGCAGCCGUCGUCGCAUAUUACUGUAUACACAAGCACUACACGCUGGACGCUCUCUACUUCGUUGUCUCGGCUCUAACUUUCUUUCUACCUAGCGUUUAUUUUUUUAAAUUUAUAUUACUUCUUCCAUUACACUAACUGCAAAUAUACAGGUACAUACAUUCAA